AUGGGAAAUAUAUUACAUCGAAAACAUGGUGAACAUUAUCUAAAAUUAAAUGAUGAGAUGAUUACCCGAGCAAAAAUGACAACAAAUUUUAACGAAACAGAAAUCAAUGAAUAUCAUCACAAAUUUUUCUCGAUAGCAAGUGAUGGAAAAUUAAAAAAAUCAUUAUUAAAUGAUAUUUUAGGUGAUUAUUUGCCGGGUGAUAAGAAAUCACGUUCAAAAUAUCUAUCCGAUUCGAUAUUUAAAGCGAUUGAUCAAGAUGAUAAUGGAUAUAUGGACUUCUUUGAAUAUUUAUAUGCACUGAAAUUUUUAACAACAGAAAGUCCAAUUGAAAAAGCUGAAUUUAUAUACAAAAUAUUAGAUAGAAAUGGUGAUAAAAUUGUUACACAAAAAGAAAUUUAUCGUAUUUUAAAAUCUUUAGAAUCGUAUCAUCAAUCAAUUAAUGGUAAUAAUAGUAAUGUAAAUGAAAUAACUGCUAAUGGAUCAAAGCAAGCAGCAAAUGUUAUUCUAGAAAAAUUGGAUGAAGAUAAAUCUGGUAGUAUUACACCAUCAGAAUUCAUGGAUGGAUAUUUAAAAGAUGAUACUAUUCGUGCUUUAUUUGCUCUUUAA